AUGGCGAACCCAUCAGCCAGUGCCGAGGCGGCCGCGAGCUGCAGGGCGCAGAAGACGACGUGCCUCUGCUCGCCGACGAACCACCCGGGCUCCUUUCGCUGCAGCCGUCAUCGGACACCGCGCGCGCGGCCGCCGUCGUCCUUGUCGUCGACGUCCGGCCGUGCCUCGCAGCAGCAGGCCGCGCUGCCGGGCGUGACGGGGAUCAAGAGCGGCGGGGCAACCAGGACGACGACGAGCAAGGGACGGCCCGUCCUCCGCGCGCACCUGCAGCGGCUGCUGGCCAGCCCGCCGUCUUCCGCCGGCGGCAGCGACCACCGCCGCUGCCGUGAGUUCAAGCCCCGCCUGUCCAGGCUCGGGCGCCUCGCCGUCGACGCGUGACGACCGGAGGCAGGCAUCUCGUAGCUGAUCACUAGUGCUGGAAAAGUGCGCCUCUAUUUCGCGCGCACUGGCUGGCAGAGUAGCAGCUAUACUAGUUAGGAUCUUCUAUGGUAUAUUGGUAUUAAUCUGGAAUCCAUCAACUUUUCCUACAAGUACUGUGAGGAUGAAUUGAUGAUCGAUGGUACUACGUAUAAUUUCUACCGAA